AUGGCGGAUCGCACUCCCUCUCUGCCUUCCACAUCUAAGGAGAGUAGAAAGGAAUAUUACAAGAUUAGAGAUGCUUCUAAAGUUUAUUUAUUCGGUGUUUUUCAACGAUGGAGAGAAUUUAGAGAUGCCAAUAAUAUAAAAACGGACAAGGACGCCGCUGAAGUUUUGCUCGAUACAUAUUAUAAUUCGAAGUCGAAGAACUCAUGGUAAGAUAAUAAAGAUUUUUAUACUAGAAUAUUUUACACAAUUAUAAUGUAAACUUUGACUUUGUAUCUAAAAUAUUUUUGUGUUUUUAUAUUGUCUUACAUCUAAAAUUUUUAAUAUUUCCCUGAUGCUUUAGUGUUAGUGUGGAGAGCCAAACUGAUCCUGAAGAAGUGGGGCCUGUUUCAUCGACUGCUUGUCUGCAAGAAAUUCAACCAAUUACUCCUCGUUCAGGCCCACAGACUAGACAAGCUGUAAGAGAUAGUUUACCUUCCCCAGGUAAGAACUUGGAUCCUAAGAUUUUUAGUGUGAAAAAUCAUGGUUAGGGUGAAAAAUCAUAUUUACAGUACACAGUAAACAAACAUUUUAUUAUUUUGUCUUUACACUGUAUUUAUAAUAUGUUUCUAAAUUGUAUAAUUUUUACAGUGUUGACCUCUACACCUCGCCCUUGUGCAUCUGGUUUUACCAGAACAAGCAGCUUUCCAUCGCCUGGUAAGUUUACUGCUUGAUGGGUAUUGGGUAAAAUGACUUAAAAAUUAAUAUACUUUGAUGCUAAAGUUUAAUUUUUGCCUACCCUCUUUCAUUUGUAGUUAGCGACAUAAACCCAGUGUCACCAUUAGCUCGCUCAAGUAGACGGAGUUUACUUUGUGAGAGUUCACCACUGUCGUCAAGAUCUACGAGGAUUAGAGAAGUUCCUGUUGAUAUCAGGUUUGUAAACACAUGAAAUACACUCUAUAUAAAGAUCAAAAUUUAACUGAUACAUGUAUCUGUGUGCGAUAUUAUUCUCAUGUAUGAAGUAUUAUUCUCAUGUAUGAAAUAUUAUUCUCAUGUAUGAUAUAUUUUCCUAGCCCACUUGAGGAAACGUUGACAGCCAGUGAUGAAGACUCGGGAAGCGAUGAUGAUGGCAGUCUUGAGACAACUCUGACAGCAACAUCCUUAUUGCCCAUUAAUGAAAAUUAUGAGUAUGUUAUCACUUUUAAAGUUGUAUAAUUUGACAUAAGUACAAAUGAGAGAAAAAGCUUGUGAAAAAAAGUACAGUAUUUCAGACACUACAGACAACUUUCAUAUACUGUACAUACUGUAUAUAUAAAGGAUUAUAUACUGUAUUCAUUGGGAUAUACAUGUACCAUUAAUUUUCUAUGUAUAUUUUAAUUUAGAUUGCCUCUGGCUGAGACAUCCAUCGAGGAAGAAGUAUUUAACACCAACCUAGGUGGCCAUGACGAUAUUGGUGAGCAUGAACAACAGCUGACUGGUAAUGGGGAAUCUGAUAGCACUGGAUACACCUCUUCAGUACAGGGAGUGACCCCUGACAAAGCUGUCCAGAUGGAGAAGUGUAUUGUGUUUACAGAUACUCUCGUGUCAUUACUAAAAGAAUUGCAUGGGAGUAUCUGUAAACGGCAGGGAUGUGGUCGUUUGCUUGAGUAUCAAAGACGAUAUCUUGGUACUUGUCUUGUUGUAUCCUGGCAGUGUAGUGCUGGUCAUCGGGGAGGAAGAUGGGCAGCGCAACCAACCUGCGAGAAAAUCAGAGCGGGCAAUCUCAUGCUCGCAUCUGCAUUAUUGUUGUCUGGCAACUCAUUCACAAAAGUGGGGUUGAUGUUCAGAUUCUGCAAUAUACAGUAUUUUUCUAAAACACUGUUUUGUCAAUACCAGAGUCUGUACAUUGCCCCUGCUGUGAAUGAGUUUUGGGAGCAGCAUAAGCAGGAGCUAUGGGAUCAAAAAUCUGGACAAGAUGUCAAACUGAGUGGUGAUGGAAGGAAUGACUCUCCUGGACAUUCUGCCCAAUAUUGUACCUACAGUUUGGCUGAUAAUGAUGAUUGUGCAAUUCUCCAGAUGAACAUAGUUGAUGUUCGAGAAGCAGCUGGGAAGAGUAAUAAUAUGGAGAGGAUCGGCUUUGAAAGAGGAAUGGAUAAGCUUUUAACAUCCCAAAUGUGUAUCAAGGAGGUUGUGACUGAUGGUCAUUUAGAGAUUGCAGCUCUAAUGAGUAAGUGGCCCUGUACAUUUGUGUAGCAAAAAUAUAAUAUUCUAUUUCCUUGGGAAUGGAAAGAGAGAUCUACGGUACGGUACCAUGUUGCAUGCUCACCCAAUGCCACACCAUUCUGGCUAGUACAACUAGAAGUUUUUAUCAGUUUUUUUUAUGGUGAAGCGCUGGUUGUAUUAGCUAGGAUGGUUAAUAUGGUGUGGAUUUAUGCCUGUUCACUCUUAUAAACACACACAAAUUUUUCCUUAAGUGGCAUUUCUGUGGUGAUGGUUAGGCAAACAUAUUAUGUUGUUGCCAUGGAAAUAAUGUGCAACAGAAAGCUUUGAGUGAGAAAAGUGUAGUAAUUCAUAAAUUCUGUAAUGUCAAUUUUUAGAAUCAGCAGACAAAUAUAAAGAGAUAAGGCACCAAAAUGAUGUUUGGCAUGGCGGAAAGUCGUUAAACAAGAAAAUCAAUGCUGUAAGAUUUGAUUAAAAGACUUGAAAUUCGAUUAAUUAAUAUUUAACAAUUAUUCUCUGAAGGUGAGGUGAUUAUCAUAUCGGUGAAUAAAAACCGAGAUUCAGUCAAGGUUUUUAUUCACGAUAAUUACCGAGCCUGAGGCGAAUAAUUGUUUUAUAUAAUUUCAUAGGUGAUUAUUUGGAAAAAUACAUGUGUAUUUCACUUAAUUUUACAAAAAAGUCUUUGUCUGCCAUUUUGAAAGUCACUUACCAGGUGAUUAUCACGUUUUAAUCACCUCAAUGGCAAACAAUCAGCGUGGAGAAUUCUCAGUAAUCACCUAUGUAAUUAUCACCUCGAUGUAAUUAUAUAAUUAAUAAUAGUUGUUAAAAAUAGGUACGUUGUGUACUGUACCACUGUUAUGUACAUUUUUUCAGUAAGCAUAACCAGAUCUGUAAGAAGCUACAAGGUUGAGUCUUCAGGUGCUCAUAUGCAGCCGACUACCUGCAAGAUUUGAGUGUCAAACACGUCAUAUUAUUAUUCAAACACAUAGUUUAUUAUUAGGCAGCCAAAACAAAAGCAAAUGAAGACCUUGCAUUGUGGGCACCAUCUGUCCGAAAUCAUUUUUGGUAUUGUUCCAAAAACUGUGAGAAAGAUGUCAAGAAUAUGAAGGUAACAGUGUUGUAACAGAUGAGCAAUAGUUGGCUGGCUUCCUACUAAAACAGAUCCAUGGAUAUCAAAACAAGUUGAUCUGUAUAAAGCAGCUUUUGAGAGGUUUCAUAUAACUUUGAGGCGGUUGGUGCGGCGUGGGAGAAAAAUUAACGGCCCCUUACUGUAUGUGUGUUUUUAAAAUACCUCUAUUCUUGCUGUUUAUUAUGUAGGAUAAAUGGAUUGGUAUCUUACACCAUGUUGUGAAUGAACAUGUAUGGAUAUUGGAAGAAGGCUCCAAUGGUGCCAAAUGUGACCACGAUCCGCUGACGCAAGAAGAACGGAACAAACCAUGGCUGAAGAAAGGAUCACAGGCACACAAAGCUUUGACAAAGAUUGUUAUGGAUACACGAUUCCUGAAUACAUUGAAAUACUACACAUACUUCAGGUAAAAAAGACAAUCAUGUAAAUAAUGGUUAGUAAUGCUUUAUUUACUUUUUAGAUUGAAAGUUGAAACCAUGGCGUACUGUAGUUGUCUUACCAGUUGUGUGUUUCUAUU